GCAAAAACCAACCCCGCGCGUGCAGCAGCACGCGCAUUGCCGGACUGGCAGGCGUGCACGCGCUCAAACGCCUGAGGAACGCAGCCCGAGCAACGCUGCUUUUUGUCGUCUGCAUUCCUUCGACUGCGACAUUUACGCCAUGGAACCUGCAACAGCAGUCACUCGAAGACGCAACAAUGCGUGGUCCAGCGAGAAGGAAUCUGAGCUGAUUCGCUUCUACCGGAUGCACAGCCUCCUGUGGGACAGCAGGCACCCGGAAUAUUACAAGAGGGACAAGCGUGACCUCGCCAUGCGAGCCAUCGCGAGAGCGCUUGGUCCCGAUUUCGAUGUGACAAGCGUGAAGGAUAAGAUAAAGACACUGCGAGACUAUUUCGUCAAAGAACUGAAGAAAGAAGAAGUGUCUCGCAAGUCUGCAGCAGCGGCGUACAUCUCUAGGUGGGAGCAUUUUGGUUCCUGGCAAUUUUUACGCUCGGUCCUUGCGUCGGACGGUGGAAGGUUCAUGGCACACUAUGCAGGAAAUCCCUUCUACUUCCAGGCCGGACAGGUGAAACAGGAAGCUCCUGACACAUACCAAGUGUUCCAAUGCCACGAGGAAGAAACGAUGAUCCUGCCGACAAUCGAAUCACGGGACUCGCCUCCCCAGACACAUUCUGUCCGGGACGAACAGCAGAGAAGGUGCCUUACAGUGAGACCUCUGGCACAAGAAGAAUCGAGAAUUCCCGCGCCACCACAUUUGACUAGGUGGACCCUGCAACAUGCACAGGAACAAACAGCGGUCUUCGCUGUUCAACCGCAUUCGGCCACCUUCAUCAGCAGCGCUCCAAAUAUCUACUCUCAAAGCAAGCCCGACUUCAUGGACACGACUGCAGUCCAGGAGCCCACCGUGCAACAGGACAUGGGUAGACACGACGAAGACGAUUUCUUUUGCAAACACGUGAUUUCUGAGCUACGGCAAAUGUCAAAGUACCAGAAGGACCUCGCCAAAUUGCGUAUUCAACAGAUUCUGUUCGAAGUAAAGUAUUCUUCGUCCUCGGCGGUCGCCAAUACUUCUACCCCUCCGUCUUCUACAGUGAAUCAAGAACCGUCGCCAAGCCCGAUUCCUGUUGUGGGUUUCUCAUCCUCGCCGCACAAUGGCAACGAAUCUCCGUGAGCAGCACGAACAUGCCGUCAUAUUCGUAGUUAUUGCCGUUUAUCGCAAUGAUGCCACACAUUCUUGUACCGGGUAUCCAGCAUUUUUUCUACACAACAUGCUCAUUAAAGCUUGUGGCAUGCA